GUGGGUCCAAAGUGCAUAUUGGACCAACUAUGAUCCAUGGUUUGGCUGAAAGCAGGUGCUCGUGAGUUUUAAGAGUAAACAUUGUGUGAGGGUCGCCGGGUGUCGUCUUUAAGUGAUCACCGUGACAUCACAAAAAGUAUGGCACACCUAUAUAGGGUAGGCACGUUACACAACCAUCACUUGGAUAGCCACGGUCGUCCUCGACAUGAUGCGGGUCGUGCUGUUCACGCUCUGUGUUGGCGUUGCCGCUGCUUUCUGGGGCUCUCCAGACUGGGAUCAUUUGAAAGUGACAUGGGAUGCGAGCGACUGCAACAGUGCUCGAGGCUUCUCCGACAUGCCUCGGACUGAGAAGCAGGCCCUCCUGGAGGGAUGGACGAUGAUGUCCGACUGUUAUGAUACGCCUGAAUUUGCUGGUAAGCGUUAUGUGAAGGACGAUGACACUGCCGUGGUCCUCAUCUACGACGUGAAGGGAUACAUCGCCGGCAUACAGGCAGGGAUUGGCCCUCAGCCCAACAAGUUCCCGCCCCCCACCAUGCAGAACCACCCCUUCGUGGAGCACGACGGGAAACAGUACAUCACCGCCUACUUCACUGACCCAAGUGAUAUAUGCAGUGAAGGAAGGACCUCCGCCAUGUUUGAGAGCGAAGGCACCGGAAGUGACCUGUACAUCCAGAACGGGACACGCCCCUCAGACAGCGACAAGAUCCCUAAGCUGGAGAGGAACAUAGGCUCCACACUGUGGACGAAGGGACACUGCUUCAGAACCAUGGGCGUACACUACUGGUACAACUUGCGGAAGGACCAGAGUUGUGAUGAGUUCUUCCCCAUGUUUCUACUGUACAAUGAAGGUAUCUUGGAUGGCUUCGGAUGGGCCUUCUUGACCAACAUCACCACAUCCACAAGAUUUGAACACCCAAUUCGGACAGCUUUUGGGUAUUUCCUGGACCCUGUGCCAGACUGUCUGUACGCCCAGACGGAUGGGCAAACCACAUUGCAUAUCUACAUGUCUGACCCCUACCUUUCCUUCUGCUGAGUGGGUCAUAAUGACACGUGACCUGAAUCACGCGGUGCCAGUUAUAGUAAAUCUGUUUUGAUUUGUUAAAGUCGCGUGGGUCAUUUGAACCCAAAUAAGUCUGUUCUGUUCUUUUGACUUUCAAUAAAUUAUUCUGUUUAAAGGCAAAGUG